AUGUGUCUGAUAAAACCCGUCAAAUAUCUAUGCUGCAGGAGGGUCUACGUUGAGGUCUCGAAACUUCCUAGCUGUUCGCCAGACUUUCCCGAAGUAAAAUGUCCCCCAGACCUGUGUCUUCAGGUUCACGCUUUUGAGCCUGAAUAUAAAGCGGCAGAGUUUGAGUGCUGGAGAUGCAAGGCAAAGAACAUCGAUGCCACUCUUCCAGAGCGAGAGCGUAUGCGCCCAAAAAUAGACAAGGCAAUCAUCGAUUUGAGUUCAUUGGAGACAACAAUUGCAGAACGACGAGUGGCCUACGAGGAUGACGAGCAAUGUUGGUUCUGCCAUUCUAGAGCUGGUUGUGGAACUUGUGGAGCCAAGAAGAUCUCAGAAAUCAAUGCCCAAAGACGUGCCUUAUGGCAGGACCAACACGAAGAACACGAAGAACACCAAGAGGAUCCCACUACACCAUCCACGAAGAGAUUGCGAGAACCAGAUCUUGACUCCGAAGCAGGAGCUAGGAAAGGAAAGCGUCGUGCUAAGAACCCACGCAAGAUCAAGACUGAGAGGAAGGGUAAGAAGUCGACAAAGGCUGAGAGCUCAACGAAGGCCUCUGGCCCAGUCGUCACUCAUGGUCAACAACCACAGCAGCCAUACUACAUCAACCCUCAACACCCUUCUCCCCAUUUAAUGCCUCCAGCAAACCCUCAAUAUGGAAAUCCCUUCAGUCCAAUGAGUCAGUCAAGCAAUGCCUUUGCUAACAGGCAAGUUGGCUCCCCAGCUGUACAUGGAAUGCAGUCACCAUAUCCGGAACUAUCUGGCAAUCCAUCUGGCAACACUUGGUAUCCCCCACAUCCCGUUACGCAUCACGGUCUUCCGAGUACGCCUGCAAGUGGUUGGCAAUCAUUGAACAACAUCAGCCCAGACAAUCCGCAAUCGGCGGUCCAGAUGACUCCCAGCUCACAUGGUACAGCCAACAAUGACGACCUAGCUUUGGCCAACUUUGAUCCAACCCUUUUUGAAGCUACACCACCAAAGGGAGGGUCGAAGGCUGAAGAUUCACCUGGACCAAGCCAGAUUCCAAUGGCACCUGUAAAUGAUAUCCCUUCCCCUUUUCACCUAGCAAUAAAGUUAACCUUUAUACAGAACAUGAACGCAAACGAUUUCGAAUUCAAUGGAAAUGGUCAAGAUUUUGUUCUUUUCGAUGGCAAUGAUGUUGGAAACAAGGCACCUUUCAUUUUUGGAAAUCCCUCCCAUAGGAACCUUUUCGCUAAUUUCGACUUCCAAUCCACACCAUCUUCUGACAGGGAUAAUCAAUCUGUCGGCUCACCAUUCGGUUCAUACCCCCUUCCGUUUUCUCCCGAAGACCCGGAUUCUCAGAUAAUGUCCCCUUUCGGACAAUACCCUGAGCUUCCACCUGAUAUGGGGAAUUGAGCAACUUUUUACGUGAUUCCACCCUCCUCAUUAUUAACAUACGCCCUGGUAUACUUGCAACCUGCCUAUACGUCUAAAUAUCAAUAUUCCCACAAGUAUCGUUAUUCUCCCACGCUCAUUCUUACCACGCAUGAUUCACAUCUUGCAACCAGCCAACACUUCAGAAUCACAGCAACAUACGUCAGACAUCCACCACCCCACAAACACAUUCACAUUCAUAUUCCGACAAUAUCUCUAUCACACCAUCCAAUCAGUUCGGUUCCGCAGAUCGCAAAGGCACAAUUGGUGUGAGACAUGUAUUAUAUCACAACGAUACGUGGGAAUAUUUUUUCCUUUGUUUUCUCUCUCCAUUGUCGUUUCCAUCAUUUCUGUACUUUUUCUACGGGCACGGCAGGGGUCGAUCGGUUUUCCACACGGGGCUUAUACCAAGAACUCAGGUUGAUCCCGAUUCUUUACAGCUUUUCGCGUUUUCCUUGUUUCCUUGUUGGGUUCGGGGCGUUCAGGCGGUAUGGCAUACGGCAAGACAUACGACGGCAUGAAUGGAACGAGAGAGCCAUUUUCGGUAUAUGCUAAGCUUGUUGGAACGAUUACGGUGCAGGAUGGAGGACUAAGAUCUACCAUCCGGAGCAUUCGUCUUAUUAGAGAUACGGAUGGGGAGAUCGCUUGCAUAGACCGGA